AUGUCAGUCUGCGACAUCCGCCAUUAUCACUUGAUAGAAGUAACAAACAAUGUCGAGCAACUCAUCGAGCGCAUCUUCCCGGAUGACGAUUUCACGUGCGCCAUCGAACACCACCGCAAUAUGAACAACGAUAAGUACACAUGCGUUGCAGUCGUCUCUAGCGCGGGUGUAAGGCACGAGAUCCUGAGCGACGAGUUGGAUUCGGACAUAGAUGCGAUGCUGGACAUAAGGCGCAGGCUCAAGCUGGCGGAGGAGGCGGUCAGACACAAUCCAAGAGCCAAUCGUGUGGAAGUUGCGCGGAAGGGAUGA